GUUCGCCGCACGCUGCCUCGCGAGAAACGAUGCGAGAUGCGAAUGCCGAAGGAUAAUCACGUUAAGAUAGCGACGUACCUUAUUCGAACAGGAUCUCGCAAUGCUGUAAAAUUGAUCGAACGGGAGUGUCCUUGAUUAUUUGCAGUGACAACACGAUAAUUUGAUCGAGCGCACGGAUGAGGAAGUGCACGAGCGAUUCUUCGUUUAACUUCACUCGUGAAAGACAAAAUGAUCGGUGAAUAAAGAGAGAAUCGGACGAGCGAGAUUGCAACUUUUUAAUUAAGUGCAAAUAAGUGAUUUGAUUAAGAACUGCUCGUUUUUUUACUGCGAUACGUUAAAUAGAUUCUUUUUUAUAUGCAGAUUUUCCGCAGAUUAAUGAAAUAAGUGGAUUUAAGAAGAGACAUAUACAUACACGAAGAUUCGACUGAUAAAAGUGUUAUAAUUUAUAAACACUGACGAUCUCUUCAUUUUAAAGAAAUAAAUAAAUCUUGAAGAAAUAAAUAAACCUUGAUUUUAAAAAUUUAAUAAUUACGUGCAAUUAUAAUUUGAUCGACAUUGUAUAAACUUACUUAAAACAGUAACAGUGUAAAUUCCUACACAGGCUGAUUCACAAACAGAAGGGUAAUAAUUCAAGCUGUCAUUAAAUGGAUAGCAACUAUUUCCGUUCUUCCCGUGUGUUUAAUAGCAUUCAUAUGGACGCCAACUGUCCGAACUUGAAUCAGCUGGCGUAAACGCAACUUAAGACAAAGGAAAGUCGAGAUACAAGUCGAACGAAGAAGUGGAAACAAGUGCAAGCAAGUAUUUAUUUAAUUGUGUCGUGAAACUUUCAAACCUUCAUAAGACGGAUUUAAUCACUUAAAGGAACUGGUUUAAAUACGAUUUAAAAUAAUCUGAGAGCAGAAGGGAAAGUCUUUCCAAGAAGAGGUUCUUUCUGAAGAAGGGAAAAGAAAACCGACGAUCGCACGUGUUAAUCGGCGACACGUGAAUUCUAUUUUUACAGAAACUGAAAUAAAAUAUACAGAGAAAAAAAAGAGACGCGAGUAUAAAAUAAAAAUAGAGCCGCAGCUUUGAAAUAUAUAGCUGCAAGGUGACGGAAGUGACGAAUCGAGGAGUAGCAAUUUGGAACGUAACGUAGAGCGAUGUCCGGAGAAGGGAUAAUAAUAAGGAGAGAUCGUUUGCGUUGGAUAAACGAGUAAUUAUAUUUUACGUCACAAUGUCCACGACAAAGUUAGUUUUGCUCGGUCUAGUGUUAUCCUCGACAGGAGUGUCGUCGGAAUCGCACCUGGCGAAAUGUUGCCCGCCAGGAGAGAUCUUCUCGGGCUAUUCCACCGUAGAGUGCGUUUCAAAACCGAGAAACGUGAUAGAGCUUUACGUUCACCAAUGGAACACCACCGUGAAGCACCAAGGAAUUCCUCAGUGCGACGAACCCGAAGAUCUUGUGACAACGUCGUUCGGCGAUCUCGAUUCCAACAAUUUCUUAGAGGUGCCGGCUUGCCUCGAGAUACUUCACGACCAAGUAAAUGGAGAGAGCACCGUAAUAGUCGUUCAUUGUCGGUCGAACAAAGAUCGACGGGUGAAAGCGAUUAACGCAUCCUUUCCGCAGCUCGCAUACGUCAGAAAAUGUUGCCCUCGCGAUACGAUAUUCGACAGCCGCACGAAAGCAUGCGUGUCUCGAUUAAGUGAAUCAGAGAGUCUCGUAGCGUUUUUGAGAAAUGGGUCGGAUGACGCAGAUCUUGUGACGAUAGCUACCGAAGGUCCGCCCACGUGCAAAGGGCCGAUCGUUGACUAUGAGAUUGACGAAAACGAUGUCUUCUUGCGGAACGGUACAUAUACGGUGAUGGUUCCAACGUUCAAGAAUAGCUUCGUCAAAGAGGAACUUUCGGUUACCGAGGAUAACGCUUGCCUCGACAUGACGCCGGAUUCUGAAUCGGAUCGAACAUUGGUAGCGCGUGUCUGCAGAGACCCGGAAUUCUGUGAUGGGAACGCCUGUAUUAGAAAGUGCUGCGCCGAAAACGAGUUUUUUUACGCCCAGGGAUGUAAUAAACUCGCUGUACCCGGCGAACCGACCGAGUUUCACGUGGCCCUCGCAAAUGCUGUUAGUCAAACGAAAUCGUCCGCCUUCGACACGACCAGAGACUACGGAGUCUUGAUUGGGAAGCCGUGUAAAUAUGGCAUGUACCCCACGGAUCCAAGAGAAGAAGAAUGGUUGCUGACGUCAGAGGGACACGUUUUUGUCGAAGAUUAUGCGUUCUACGACCAGAACAACUAUUGCAUGGACAUCUUUUACAACAAAUCGGAAUUCGAUCACAACUUCCACUUAUUCAUAUGUUUCGACAGUCCAGCACUAAAGGAGGUCUCAGUAAGGUUCCGGAUGAACACCGCCCUGCAGAUCACCAGCUGCGCCUUCCUGCUGAUGACCCUGCUGGUGUACGUGUGCCUGCCGAGUCUGCAGAAUCUUCACGGGAAAACGCUCAUGUGCCACGUGAGCAGCCUCCUUCUGGCCUUCACCUGCUUGCCCAUCAUCACUUGGAUCACGCCCGGUGACGAGACCGAGGAACGAAGUACGACGACGUGCAAAGCCUUAGCUUACACCGCGCUUUUUUCUUUUCUAUCGGCGUUUUCCUGGCUUAACGUCAUGUGCUUCGACAUAUGGUGGACCUUUGGAGUUUUGCGCGGCAGUACGUUUACGAAGGCCGCCGAGCAUAGGAAAAGAUUUCUGUUAUAUUGUUUAUAUGCGUGGGGCCUCUCCUUCCUGGUGUCAAUCCUCGCCAUCGUUGCCGACAGCACGGAUAUCCUGCCGGACUAUCUGCAGCCCAAUAUUGGCAAUAGUGGCUGUUGGUUUACACAAAGACGGAAUUCGUACGGAGAAUUAACUUUCUUCAUUGGACCGGUGACGAUUAUGUUGAUAUCCAACGUGAUAUUUUUUAUUCUCACGUCUACGCAUUGUAAUAAGGUGAAAGCGGAAAUAAAAAGGGUAACUACGGACCCCAUGGAUCCCAGAAACAAGCGAUUUCGUUCCGACAGGAGAAGAUUUGUCAUGAACGUCAAACUGUUCAUCGUCAUGGGGAUGUCCUGGAUUUGCGAGGUGGUAUCGUUCUUCCUGAUAAAAUAUGUAGACUACGAGCAGUGGCAUCACGUGUUCUUCUACACGAGCGACGUCUUCAAUUGCCUUCAAGGUCUGCUGAUUUUCAUUCUCUUCGUCUUGAAGAGUCGCGUGUAUCAAGCGCUUCGCAGACGAUUGGGAUUGAAUGCGAACCCAAAGAAACCGACGUGCAACGCGACCACGACUUUGCACGAUCCUUAUAGAGUCAGGAAAAGCGCGAGUAGCAGUACGUUAACGACUACGUUCGCAAUUAAUUCGACGCCAUAAGGUAAAAAUUGAGGCUAUUUAGAAUGAAUAACUUAUGUCUUUCUCUUUGCAUAUAUUCUCGCGUGUUAUUCGAGUCACGUCCAAUUUGUGAUUAUCUUAUACUCCUGUCAGCUAGAAUAAAUAAAAAUCUUCCUGUCCUGUCCAAUAUUUUAUUAAGUAAACUGUAUUCAAUAGUUAGCAUAUUUUAUAUAAUAAAGUAAUUAAUAACGUAAUAACGAGAUACGUAAUAACCUUUGCUCAUCGUUAUGAAUUAUAUUUCAAACAAGAUUAAUUUGCUACUCUGGCAUGAUUUUAUUAUUCUCUUGAUAACGGGUGGGUUGACAACUGACAGGAAGAAUAAUUGUAUUUAAUUGGACGAUUUAGCGGCACGCAAAUACGGAUAUGAAUAGAGCUUGAUGUAGAACGCACGAUAGUAUAAAGCUUCCUUUCAUAUUAGUCCGUAUUUCGGUAGUGGACCUAUUCAUGAUUAUUGCCAUUCUUGGCUCUCAGAAAUAUCUGCUAAGAAGUUCUGAAAAUGAUAAGGUUCUAUAUCGCCGAACUUUUACGAAUGUUACAUUUAUCUUGCACCAAUUACGCCAGAAAAUGUCACUAAAGAUACCAAAGGUUAGAUUAA